UGAGGCUGCCGGUCAACCCUGGAGAUCAGGAGCUGUGAGCUGGAGGGCAGCUGGGUCCCCAAGGCUGUGGAGCUGCACUCAGACCUAGAUGGGUGGGACGGAAGUAAACUUCUGCGUCUUUGGGUCUCAGUGGCUGCAGGUGGCAAUGAGACCUUCACAGAGACCCAUGGGGACCCCCUCGUGGCCCUGCUCCACACCCCACCACAGCCUACGGGACAGUGAGGCCAGCAUGGUGCUGGGGAUCCUGGCUGUACUGUGCUUUGGGGCCCUGACUCUUGCCUUGCUCCUGUGGCAAGCACCCCCUCCUCCCACCUGGGGCCAGGGACAUCCUAAGGAAGAGCCUGCUGGGUCUCAGGGCCGUGGCUCCCGCCUGGCUUGGGAGCACUGGGGAGAGGAGGCGGGGUCCAGGCGGCAGAAGGAUGAGUGCCGGCUUGUCCUCGUGGAGAGCCUCCCCCAGGACUUGACGUUUGCGCCCAGCCCGGCGGCCCAGCCCCUGGCGCAGGCCUGGCUGCAGCUCCUUGACACUGCCCAGGAGAGCGUGCACGUGGCUUCCUACUACUGGUCCCUCACUGGGGCUGACAUCGGCGUCCAUGACUCAUCCUCCCAGCUGGGAGAGGCUGUUCUGCAGAAGCUGCAGCAGCUGCUGGACAAGAACGUCUCCCUGGCCGUGGCCACCAGCAACCCGACACUGGCCAGGAAGUCCACGGAUCUGCAGGUGCUGGCAGCCCGGGGUGCCCAGGUGCGGCAGGUGCCCAUGAAGCAGCUCACUGGGGGCGUUUUGCACUCCAAGUUCUGGGUGGUGGAUGGGCGGCACCUCUACUUGGGCAGCGCCAACAUGGACUGGCGGUCCCUAACACAGGUGAAGGAGCUCGGGGCCAUCAUUUACAACUGCAGCCGCCUGGCCCAGGACCUGGAGAAGACCUUCCGGAUCUACUGGGCACUGGGCACGCCCCAGGCCACCCUCCCCAAAACCUGGCCUCGGAACUUCUCGUCCCACAUCAACCGCUUCCAGCCCUUCUGGGGCCGCUUUGAGGGGGUACCCACCACCGCCUAUUUCUCGGCCUCGCCACCUGCGCUCUGCCCCCACGGACGGACGCGGGACCUGGAUGCACUGCUGGCAGUGAUGGGCGAGGCCCAGAAGUUCAUCUAUGCCUCAGUGAUGGAGUACUUCCCCACCACCCGCUUCAGCCACCCUGCCAGGUACUGGCCAGUACUGGACAAUGCCCUGAGGGCAGCAGCCUUUAGCAGGGGCGUCCAUGUGCGUCUGCUGGUCAGCUGUUGGAUCAACACAGACCCCACCAUGUUCCCCUACCUGCGGUCUCUGCAGGCCUUCAGCAACCCCUCGGCCAGUGUCUUUGUGGAUGUGAAAGUGUUCAUCGUACCAGUGGGGAACCACUCCAACAUCCCAUUCAGCAGGGUGAACCACAGCAAGUUCAUGGUCACGGAGAAGGCGGCCUACAUCGGCACCUCCAACUGGUCUGAGGAUUACUUCAGCAGCACCUCAGGCGUGGGCCUGGUGGUCAGUCAGAGGGCCCCCAGCACACAGCCAGGGGCCCCCACGGUGCAGGAGCAGCUGAGGCAGCUUUUUGAGCGGGACUGGGGCUCCCGCUAUGCAGUGGGCCUGGACGGAGAGGCCCCGGGCCAGGACUGCACCUGGCGGGGCUGAGGCCAGACUUCCAGCUCCAGGACACGCCUCUACCCACCCCCUACCCUGUGCCUGUGCUCCCAGCAUCUCCUCCCGCCCAAGUCCUGGGGGUGCGGGUCAGGACUGCUCAACGCUACCACCGCUGUCUGGGCCUUUGCAAGCACUGUUUGCUCCCCUCUGCUCUCCAAAUCCGGCACCCCUGAGCCUCACUUCUUCCAGGGAGCCCACCGGCAGACCCCUCCUCUGACUCCUCCUGCGAGGCCUAAAGAUAGAUGACUCUGCAUGCUUCCCCCUCCCUCUCUGAAUCCAGCACCGCGCCCUCUUCCUUCCCAGCCCCAGGCUGGCGGUUCUGCCCUAGCACCCUGCUCAGGCCAGUCUCCACGCGACCACCAGUGACCAACAGGGCCUGUGGGAACCCUGGGCAGAGCAGCUGGAGUGCGUUCGGACCCACGCAGAGCGCCGUGCACCUCCGGCUCCAAGUUCGCAUGGCGUACGGGGCGAGGAGGGGAGGGUGGAAGACUGAGCUGGGACCGAGGCCGCGAAUCCCCGGACGCCAGCCGAGAGCUGCGCCCCUGGAGCCGGUAGAAGGGCGGAAGCCAGUGCGUCACCGACCUCUGGCCCCUGAGCGGUCGGGCAGGUGCGGGCGAGACCUGGUGCCCAGAAGUGGAGAAGGCCUGCAGUUGGGACGGGAGGGUGGCACGGAGCUGGGAUGUGAGCCCCACACGCCAUCCUGUGGUAGCACACCCUCCCCUGGGAACCACCCAGGCUCCUGCAGAGGCAGCACCCUUACCUGGGUUUGGCGAUGUCGUUUCCACCCUUUUGUUACAAGUGCUGGGUCAGCAGCUGGUCUCAGCAUCCCCUGGCCUUUCUCGCCAGAUGGUUCCGGCUAAGGCCUCAGGGCCCACCCGCCCUGGUGGAGGCCCCCUGGCUGCACUGGGCUGAGCUCACGAUGGGCUCCCUGCUGCUGAAGGGGUAUCAGAUGCCAGAAGCUGGGGGUGGGCACAGACCCUCUCCUACUCUCCCAGAGCCUUUGGGGCAGUCCUGGGCCUCCGUUCCCUGCCCUCCCCAGACCCCUCUGCUCCGCGGAGAUUGGUGCAGACGCGGUGCAAAUCCUUCUUCUGUGUGACCAGUGCCCCCCACUUCCCACAUCUAGAGGACACGUCAGUCCUCAGCGCUUCAUCUUUGUGCAAGUCCCCAAACCCAGCCUGCCCCUCCGCCCUGGGGCCUAUGAGGGUCUGGAGAGCGUGCAUGGGAGUGCAGUGCCAGCGACCCAGGCAGCCCUCUAGGGCCCCUGAGCUGAACUAGCCAGUCUGUGUGAGCUGCACUCAUCCAAGCCCCCACCUGCUGUCCACUCUACUGGGCCCUCUGCAGCCCACAUGCCCCUCAGGAUAGGACACCGUCGCAGACCCCAGUUAUGCCAUGCAGAGCUGAACGUGUGGGCUUGCUCUCUGGUUCUUGGUCCUACACUGCACACCUGCCAGGAGCUCAAAGACCACCCAAAGGCUCCAGCUGGUGCCAGGAGGACUCUGGGCUUGGGCCUGACCCUCACUUCAGAAUGGGGCUGGACUAUGAGCCCAGCGGCCCUCAGCCAAUGCAAGGCCCCUUGCAGGCAGACUUUGGGUCUGGCCACCGCCCUCAGUGGCAGCCUUGAAGGCUGCUCCAAAGCAGACCUCUGCAGAAGACCCAGCAUGACGAGGUUUGGGAGGCCCCAAAGCUCAGUGAUGUGACCCCUCCUGGGCUGUGGCAGACAGCCUCUAAGAUGCCCCAGUGAGCCCACCUCCUGUGUUCAUGGCCUGUGUAACCCCCUGCCGGAGUGCGGGCUGGGUCUUCAACUUGCCUGUAACAUGGGGUAUGGCCAGGGUGGCAGUUUCACCCUUUUGUCAUUACGUGGCAUGAGACCGUACCACCCGUCUUGCCAGGAGACUGUCCCUUGCUGGCUGCCUGUGACAAAACAAGCUGCCUCUGGAGGGGUCUGUGUAGCAGGGAGCUGAGAGCACCUCCAGCCAGCAGGAAGCAGAGGCCCCCAGCCCUGCAGCCUUCUAGGUCUGAGGGCAGCAGGCAUCCUCAAGGCCUGGGAGCAGAGCUUCUCCAGGCGAGUCUCAGCUGAGGCAGCAGCCGCAAUUGACCUGAUUACAGUCUGUGAAGCCCUGAGCAAACCCCAGCCGAGUUCUGCCGGGACCCCUGCCCCACUGAAACUGGAUGAUAAAUGUGUGUUGUCUUAAU